GUUUCCUACGAAAAUUUUUUUCAAGUUGAAUAUUUUAACCUUGGUAAAUAAAUUAGGAAGAUGUUUCCAAUAUUAAACAGUCAAACCCGGCUAAUCACCAGAAAAAUACGCCAGCAAUUAUGCCAGUGGAGAAGACUAUUCACCUUGGACAGUAGAAGCAGGAUAAUCAUGAACCUAGCCCUGAUUUUAUUUCUAAACGUGGUAUUCCCAUGUAUUGAAUGGUUCUACGGAGAUUGGAACAACAGCUGGGCCCUAAAAGCAGACUGUUUACGCGGGCUGUUCCAUUGCAGUAGUACGCUGGCGAAUGUCGCGAUUAUGAGGAUGAGGCAAUGGCCAGCAAACAGUAGAUACUCCUACGGGUUCGCCCGUGCUGAAGUGCUAGCCUGUUUCGCGAUUGGACUAACUCAAAUAUACCUUGCAUUGAUGCAGAUCUUUCUUCCUGCGAUACCGCGGCUGAUGUAUCGCGGUGAAGUGGGACCCGAACGGAUGAUCGAGAUCUCGGUGGUGGGUCUGCUCCUCAACUUGAUUACCAACUACGUCUUCCACUUCUUUUACAGACAUGAAGAAGAAUAUGAAGUCAAAACUGGAAUUGUCGGAGGCGACAAUCCGCCGAUCACCAAGGAAACUAUUUAUAGCAUUCUCGUAGAUGUUUUCGGGUCCCUGGCUCUUGUGGUAUCAGCAGUACAGACGGAGAUAUUCAGAUCAAUGACUGCUGAUUCAAUUUGCUCAAUGGUAAUUGCGUUGUGCAUGAUAUUGAGUGUGGUGCCAAUGUUGAAAGAGACUGGGGAGAUACUGAUACAGAGACAGCCUGUGGAGUUGGACGAUAUUCUUCCUGUGUGUUAUAGGAAAGUAUACGAGUUAUCUGGAGUCAAUAAUGUGCUAAACGCUCAAUUCUGGACACUAAGUAUCAACGGAUUAUUUGUUGGGUCACUGGUAUUGGAGGUCGUUAAUGUAAAUACCUUUGAUCCUAAUGAAUUAGUUGAACAAGUGAAAAUGAUAUUCGAUCAAGUUGAUGUGAGACAUCUCACUGUUGAGCUGCAGUACGUGACCAUGUCUGAAUUCCAAAAUUGA